AUGGCUAGGUAUAAAUGCCCGUCGUGUCAACUACAAUACUGCUCUAUUGAGUGCUACAAGAGACACCAGAUCAUUCACGCUGGUUUACUAUCCCUCGUCGCAACUCAGUUGGUUCCGAAUGGCUUGCCACCAAAGCCCCCAGCAGCAGUAGCAUUCACCGGCGCGCCAAAUUCUCAUGUUCAUGGCGGUGGGCCUUCAUUUGAAACAUGUUCACCGUCUUCUCUUGAGUCAUCUGCCAAUCUUCAAAUACUAUACACUCGGUAUCCUCAACUACAAGAUCAGCUCAAAGAGAUAUACGAAGCCGCAACCGAACCUCGGGAUGAUCAGUUGAACGACCAAUCAUUCAGCAAUGAUCGUGGUGAUCGAGGAGCUGGACGAGGAAGAAACAGGAGACGGGGUCGUGACGGUAGAACAGCGGAAACGUGGUCUCGACAGAAAGGGAUCAAGUCUGGCAUCAACCGGUUAAGAAUACUGAGGCAUCUCAAAGGUGAAGAUGGAGAUGGAUUGAGAGAAUUCUCCAAGCUUGUUACAAGCCAUUUCGAAGCCAAACGCUCGACAACUAGAUUGCCUGCAGCUUGA